AUGCUUUUGAGAGGCACCCUCAUUGAAAAGUCCAUUUCGAGGAAUUGGACUAGGUAUUGGGGAACUCUGAAAUGUACAUUGACUGGUGUUGAGAUGUUCAAGAAAAUCUUGGAUUUUGGACAUGUAAGCGGGCGACAAUGUAGGUCUUCUUCUACGUGGCUUAAAGCAGGACGAUGUGCAGCGAGGACAGGUGAUUACGAAGCCUGGUUCUGUGAAAACAUACAAGAGGAUUGA